CAUCGAAACAUUUCUGACAAACUCAGAUCGCAGAUUGACAAGGCUGUCAAGGAACAUCCUGUUGUUGUGUUCAUGAAAGGAAACAAAGCCUCUCCUCAGUGUGGAUUCAGUCGAGCUGUCAUUCAGAUCCUUGAUCUCCAAGGUAAGUCAGGCUUAUGUUUCAUUACGGUCAAUGUUCUCUCGGAUUCGGAGGUGCGCGAGGGCAUCAAGGAGUACACUUCUUGGCCCACUAUUCCACAGGUUUUUUUAAAUGGCGAAUUUAUUGGUGGAUCUGAUAUUCUUAUUAGUAUGCAUCAAAGCGGCGAGCUGGAAACAAUGCUGGCCAAGGAGGGUAUCAUUGAAGCGCCAGAACAAGAGCCAACCUCUAAAUGA